GCUCUUGAACCCUCUGUGAUUCCUGCUUCGAGCCAUAGUGGACCAUCGCCAGUACUGGCAUCGACUUUUGCAAGGCUGUUGUCAUCAGGAUCCGCACGCUCUGCUCCUUAGAGAAAAUAUUCGAAAGGCAGACCGUCUCCACUGUUGGAGAAUUGCUCGUCAGGCGAUCAUCACACGAACUCGACACAUUCAAGGCAUCAUGUCAGAGACACAAAAGCCAGCUGUGGCCUUCCUCGGCCCAGAGACAUCAUAUACUCAUCAGGCUGCUCUUUCCGUUUUCCCAAAGGACAAAUACGAUCUUCAGUGGCAACACUCCAUCAAAGAAGUCUUCGACUUGAUCCAGAACGAGAAAGUUCGCUACGGUGUCGUCCCAUUCGAAAAUUCUACCAACGGUUCUGUCGUAUGGACUCUCGACCUCUUUGUCAACGCACAGAAUCUCCACCCAGACAUUCUAGUUGAAGGAGAGGUCUACCUCCCGGUACAUCACUGCUUACUAGGACACUCUGCUCCUGCAGAUGAUGACGGCAACAACAGCCCCUCCCAUCCUAGUGUCCGGAAGCUCAAAGAUUCGAACAUUCUCCCUCCAGACUCCGAUGCCAUCACUCCCACUCAGUCCACUCCAAAUCCGCAAAAGCCAAGAGUUAAGCCACUCUCUAGUCUCGCCCACAUCAAAAAAGUCUACUCCCACCCGCAAGCCUGGGGUCAAUGCAAAGUGUUCCUAGAUACAUACCUGAAAGGCAUUGAGAAGCAAGACUGCGGGAGCACAAGUCGCGGCGCUGAGCUCGUAGCUGCCGACGAAACUGGAACCAGCGCCGCCAUCGGCAGCCGCUUUACCGGCGAGGUCUAUGGGCUCGACUUCCUUGCCGAGAACAUCCAAGAUGCAGAGGGGAAUACAACUCGAUUUUUGGUUCUCCGUAAUACCCAGGACGUCCCCAUCGACUCCUCACCCGCCGUGUCAACUGAUUCGGAAGACCAGGAAUCACAGAAGUACAAGACUUUAGUCACCUUCACUGUUAACCACGGUGAACCAGGUGCUCUUGCAGAUUGCCUGGCUGUUUUCAAGAAGUUCGGUCUCAAUCUCACGAGUAUCAACAGCCGGCCCAGCACGGAGAGCGCCUGGCACUAUGUCUUCUUUGUCGAAUGCGUUGGGAGAAAGCUCCCUGAGGGCGGCAAGGUGAAUAAUGCCCUCAAAGAGCUGGGGUCGGUGGCGAAGGAGUGGAGAUGGUUCGGGAGUUUUGAGAACAAGUUGGUGUGAGGAGAAUAGACAUGGAAAAGAAAGGAAA